AGUCUUUAUUUUGAAAUCUCUCCUGUCUUCUCUGUCUCUUCCAUUAUUUUGAUUACCUUGAUGGGAUAUUCAAGCUGUGCAGUCUUAUCCUUUUAUUUCCAUAGCCUACAUAAGCUAGUUUGAAGAUUAACUGUAGGUGAACAGGUAACCUUAGCUACUUGGCUAGAAGUCACCCGUCCACAUGAAACACAUGUCAACAAAGGCCCCCUAGGCUUGGGAACCUGCGAGAAGAUUUUAUCAUGUGGGCAACCUGCUGCAACUGGUUCUGCUUGGAUGGACAGCCUGAGGAGGCCCCACCGGCCCAGGGAGCCAGGACGCAGGCCUAUUCCAACCCUGGGUACAGCUCCUUCCCUUCCCCAACAGGCUCGGAACCAAGCUGCAAGGCUUGUGGGGCCCACUUCGCAAACACGACCAGGAAGCAGACCUGCCUGGACUGCAAGAAGAAUUUCUGCAUGACCUGUUCGAGCCAAGUGGGGAACGGCCCCCACCUCUGCCUCCUCUGCCAGCGGUUCCGAGCCACAGCCUUUCGGCGGGAGGAGCUCAUGAAGAUGAAGGUGAAGGACCUGAGGGACUAUCUCAGCCUCCAUGACAUCUCUACCGAAAUGUGCCGGGAGAAAGAGGAGCUGGUGCUCUUGGUGCUUGACCAGCAGCGUGUACUUUCUCAGGAGGGCAGGACUCGUGCCCCCCCCUUGGCCCCGGACUUCCCCGAGCAACAGGCCUUCCUGGCCCAGGCUCACGCCAGCACAGUACCUCCUACCUCGGCGAGCCUCCCCUCUUCGCCCGCACAAGCCACGUCUGUGUCCUCGGCCCCGGCUCAGGAAAGCCAGCAGGCCAAUGGCCAUGUGUCUCAGGACCAAGAGGAGCCCGUCUACCUGGAGAGCACAGCCAGAGCACCUGCUGAGGAUGAGACCCAGUCUGUCGACUCAGAGGACAGCUUCGUCCCGGGCCGGCGGGCCUCUCUGUCUGACCUGACUGACCUGGAGGACAUUGAAGGUCUGACCGUGCGGCAGCUGAAAGAGAUCCUGGCGCGCAACUUCGUCAACUACAAGGGCUGCUGCGAGAAGUGGGAGCUGAUGGAGAGGGUGACGCGGCUGUACAAGGACCAGAAGGGGCUCCAGCACCUGGUGUGUGGUGCUGAAGACCAAAACGACGGAGCGGUGCCGCCCAGCGUGGAGGAGAACCUGUGCAGGAUCUGCAUGGACUCACCCAUUGACUGUGUCCUGCUGGAGUGCGGCCACAUGGUCACCUGCACCAAGUGCGGCAAGCGCAUGAACGAGUGUCCCAUCUGCCGGCAGUACGUGAUCCGAGCCGUGCAUGUCUUCCGAUCCUGAGGGCUGGCGCCGGCUUCUUCAGUGCCUUACAGGGAUGGAGCUGGAAGGGUCUGGGCUCCAGAUUGGCCAGCUUGCAGAGGGGCAGGCUAACAAGAGAAUCUUCGAGCAAAGAUGCGGUCACCUCUGGGCAUGCCUGUCCUGCCUCGGUGGCACACCUCUCAGCCGGCGGAGCCCGAGGCUGGUGAGAACUGGUACAGAUCGCGUGGGCAAGUCCCUGGUUCCAGUGAUCUUGGGGUAAUGAUGGUAAUUGAUGAAGAGAGGACUUUUCCAGAACUUGGACUAGAUCUUCCUCCCUUCCUCUGUAAACUUAACAGUUUUCCCCUUCCCCCUGCACCCCGGCCAUCC